UCGAGCUGUGUAUUAAUUGUAAAAAAGUUUACAAAACUUGAUUAGAUGCUAAAUAGUUGGAGGUGUAUUCUUCAAUUAUAAUCAAAAAUGGGGGAUGACAGUGAAUGGAUGAAAUUGCCCACUGAUGAAAAAGUCCAGCACAAGGUAUGGAAAGCUCGUCUUGCAGGGUAUGAGGAAGCUUGUAAGCUAUUUGGUUCUAUCACCAAUGAAAAGUCCCCCGAGUUUAACAAAUAUGCUGGGUUAAUGAAGAAAUUUGUAACAGAUACCAAUGCUGUUGCUCAAGAGAAAGCACUGGAUGCUGUCAUAGCAUUUAUGGAGAAUGCUAAUGUAGCAGGAAGGGUCUGCCAAGAUAUUAUUCAGGGAGUGAUCACUAAGUGUUUUAAUGCCAGCAAGCAGAAAACUAAGGAAAAGGGAAUAGAAAUUGUCAUGUUGUACAUAGAAAUGGAAAAACAAGAUAUAGUUCAGGAAUGCUUGAUAGAGGGAUUAGGCAACAAGCAGCCAAAAAUUGUGAUUGUCACCAUUCAGGCACUGCGUAUGGCUCUCAGGGAUUUUGGAAAUAAGAUCAUGCCCAUUAAACCCCUUGUACCGAAGUUACCUAAACUCUUGGAAGAUCGAGACAAGAAUGUUAGGGAGGAAGCUAAACUUCUAAUUAUAGAAAUGUACAGAUGGAUUAAACAAGCCAUCAAACCACAAAUGACCAACUUUAAUCCAAUACAGGUAGCUGAACUAGAGGCAGAGUUUGAGAAAAUUGGAAAUGAGAAACCUCAGCAGCAGAGAUUUCUUCGCUCACAACAAGAUUUGAAGGCCAAGAUGGAGGAACAGGCAAUAGCUGGAGGAGGGGGUGAUGAGGGAGAAGAUGAGGCUGAAGAUGAAGUGGAUGCCUAUGAACUCCUGUCAGCAGUGGAUAUUCUUGCCAUGCUUCCCAAAGAUUUUUAUGAUAAAAUUGAAGCUAAAAAAUGGCAGGAGAGAAAAGAAGCCUUGGAGGCUCUUGAGAAGCUGGCUAGCAAUCCCAAACUAGAGGGAGGGGACUAUGGGCAGCUUGUAAGGGCACUACAGAAGGUAAUCAGCAAAGAUACCAAUGUAAUGUUGGUAGCACUUGGUGGAAAAUGCUUAGCUGGAAUUGCUAUUGGAUUACGUAAAAAGUUCACUCCAUAUGGAGUCAGUACUGUGCAGUGCAUCCUGGAGAAAUUUAAGGAAAAGAAACAGAUGGUUGUUGUAGCCCUCAGAGAUUGUAUUGAUGCUGCCUUUCCAUGUAUAACAUUGGAUGCAGUACAAGAAGACAUUGUAGCAGCCCUAGACAAUAAGAACCCCUCCAUCAAAGCAGAAACAGCCAGCUUCCUGGCAAGGUGUUUUGCCAAAAGUACAAUGAGCACACUGCCUAAGAAAUUACUCAAACUAUUCUGUACAAGUUUGAUGAAGACUGUAUCAGAUACUGCACUAGAAGUAAGGGAGGCAUCAUUCCAAGCUCUAGGAACAGCAAUGAAGGUCGUGUCGGAGAAACAUAUGAUGCCAUUUCUUGUGGAUGUCGAUAAUAUUAAAAUGCAGAAGAUUAAGGAAUGUUGUGAUUCUGCUGUGUUGUUAAAUAUGAAAGGAGAGCCUAGGUCAGGGCAGGCAGCCAGCAAGCCAGCUGACAACCAGCCCAAACCAGUUCAGAGACCGGCCACAGCUGCACCGUCAGCUGCAAAGGGAUCAUCAUCUCGUCCUUCCACAGCGCCCUCUGGUGGUAAAAGUAAGGCCUCUUCAGGAGCCCCAAAGAAAGCAGCAGCUAAAGGGAAAGGGGCAAAGAAAGGGCCAACAGGAGGAGAUAAACAGGAAAUCACUGAGGCUGUUCUCUCUGAUGAAGCUGUGGAUGAGAAAGCAGAGGAACUAUUUACUGCCGAUGUUCUUAAACAGCUUGUCAGUGCCAACUGGAAGGAAAGAUUGGAAGGAAUUCAAAGAGUUACAGAUAUUGUGAAGGAAAAGAGUAAAGAAGAGUUGAAGACACAGGUGGUGGUAAGGACAGUUGCUAAAAAGCCAGGUCUAAAGGAUAAUAACUUUCAGGUGCUGAAAUGUAAGAUGGACUUGCUUGCACAUCUGGGAAAGAACACAGUGUUUACCAAAGUCUCAGCUGGGUACGUUCUCAGUGACCUAGUGGACAAAAUCGCGGAUGUCAAGAAUGGAUCAGCAGUUCAGGAGGCUCUCAGCUGUAUUUCAGAGGCAUGUUCUCUGGAGUUUGUUGGCAAAGAGGUCAUCACUAUGGCAUUUGAGCAGAAGAAUCCAAAGGUCCAGUCAGAGUCCCUCAACUGGCUGUCCACUGCCAUCAAGGAGUUUGGCCUAAAAGUAAAUGUAAAGUUGCUGAUUGAAAACAUCAAGAAAUCAUUUGCUCACACAAAUCCAGUGGUGAGAUCGGCUGGGAUUGGACUUUGUGGUGUCAUCUUUAUGUACAUGGGACAGAACUUCAGGAUCAUGUUUGACAAUGAAAAACCAGCUCUUCUUAAAGAAUUAGAUGCCGAAAUAGAAAAGGUGAAAGGAGAGAAACCCCCUGCACCAGUCAGAGGUCUUGCUGCUGGAGGGGAUGCUGAGGAUGAAGAGGAUGAUGCAGACCAAGAUGACAAAGACGAUGAUAAGAUAGAUGACUCUUUGCCUAGGACUGACAUCAGUGAGAGGAUAACCCCUGAGCUUGUUGAUGAGAUGGCAGACAAGAACUGGAAAAUACGAAAGGAAGCCCUGGAGAAAGUAGAGGCCAUUCUAAAGGAGGCUCCUUUUGUUGCCCCAAGUUUGGGCCCCCUACCAGAGGCUCUCAAACUGAGGCUGAAUGAUAACAACAAAAUCCUGAUCGGCACUACCCUAGGGAUUUGUUCCUCCCUGGGUACAAAGCUAGGACCUCACUGUAAAGUCCAUAUCAAAGUGAUGGGACCCGCUAUCAUCAGCUGCUUUGGAGACAGUAAGCCUAACCUCAGAGCAUCUGCAGUGUCCACACUGAAUGUUUGGAUGGAAAUCUGCAAUCUGAUACCACUGGUGGAGCAAGAGACCUUUAGUGAUGCACUCAAACUGGAAAACCCAAAUCUCAGGCAGGAGUUGCUCGGAUGGCUGAGUGAGAAACUACCAAAUCACAAACCACUACCACCUGAGUUCAAGUUAUGUAUACCUCACCUACUGUCUUGUCUUGAGGAUCGAAAUGGAGAAGUCCGCAAAAAAGCUCAGGACGCCAUUGUUCCCUUUAUGAUUCACACAGGAUAUGACUCUGUAUUCAGAGCUUGUUCUAAACUAAAGCCUGCAUCAAAAGAUCAGAUAAUGGCAAUUAUUGAAAAAGCCAAGGCUAAUUUGCCUGCCAAGCCAGUAAAGGCAAAGAAGGGUGGCCCAGCGAAGGCAGCGUCAGCCCCUGUAGUCACGGAUGACUUUGAGGAUGAUGUCAAGGCACCCAGUAGACCUCUGUCUACAGCUUCAUCUGAGGGAGCCACUGAGUCCAAACCAGAGACAAAGACAAAGACAGUCAGAGGAAAGGCCAAAACUGCUGCACCAGCUGCAAGCAAGAAAAAGAAAACCGAGGAGGAUACCAGUCCUCCCAUGAAUCUUACAGUCCCAAAAGAGAAACGAUUCAAAGAUGAAAAAAGCCUCAAGGUUCUGAAGUGGAACUUUAUUCAGCUGACCGGGGAGUAUGUAGAGCAGCUGACCCUGCAGAUGGAGAAGAACUUCAGUAAGGGUAUGAUGGAUAUGAUGUUCAAUGUGGACUUCAAACAGCACACCAAGGCCAUAGAGAUUCUCAUCAAGAGCCUUGACACUCUAACAGAUGAGACAGUUGGUAACUUGGAUUUACUUCUUAAGUGGUUCACAGUGCGUUUUCUGGACACCAACCCCAGUAUGCUGAAUAAAGCCCUGGAAUAUCUGAGGAAGGUGUUUACAAUGCUUGUGGACAUGGACUUUAGUCUACAUGAGUACGAAGCCUGCUCCUUCAUACCUUAUCUUAUUAUCAAGGUUGGAGAUGCUAAAGAUAAUGUCAGAAAAGAUGUGCGUGGAAUUAUCAAAAUUCUGUACAAACUUUAUCCAGUCAGCAAAAUGUUCACUUUCUUAAUGGAUGGCAUUAAAUCCAAAAAUGCUAAGCAGAGGAUGGAAUGCAUAGAGGAGCUUGGGAAUUUGAUCGAGUCCUACGGUCUAUCAGUUUGUCAGCCAAGUCCUAAUGUGGCCUUAAAGAAUAUCACAGGCCAGAUUGGUGACCGUGAUAAUGGAGUAAGAAACGCAGCUUUGAAUGCAGCAGUACAGGCAUACAUGGUGGUAGGAGAGAACCAGUUCUAUAAAUUAACAGGAAAUCUGAAUGACAAAGACCAGAGUCUUUUGGAUGAAAGAAUCAAGAGAUCACUGAAGAAUAAACCUGCACCAAAAGCAAAGGAGGAAGAAAGACCAAAAACUGCUCCAACCCAGCCACAGAGAUCUGCCUCUCAGACACAAAUUCAGAGGCCAACCACUGCUUUACCAAAGUCUGCAUCCUCUACAUCAAUGAAGAAGACCUUCCUCCCUGAAUUUGAGUACCAGAAAACUGAGAUGGAGAUGCCCAAACUCUACCAGUAUGAUUUGGAUGAGCUCUUUAAACCACUGGAAAUGCCCAAAAUCAAUAGGGCUAGGGAUCCCUCCCCGAUGACACGAGUGAGUCCGGCGGAUGCUUCAGCCACUAUAGGCGUAGUCAUCGCUCAGAUCACAAGUACAGAUGUCCUCACCUGUAUUCAGGCACUGGCUCAGAUUGAUGAGCUGUUGAAGGAUGAGGAACAUGCACGACUGUUAGGUGGCCAUGUUGAUCAGCUGAUGCUGCACAUCUCCAUGCAGUUCAGGAUGACUCUGUCAACACAUAUGAACAAUGAGGACGUUCCUAAGGAGGAUGUUGUCAGACUGUACAGAUGUCUGCUAGGAACACUGUUGGCUCUAACACAGAAUCCUUUCCUGGCCACAAAGACAUCCAAGGAAAUCUUGAAGGACCUUUUUAACAGCCUGAUAACACUCUUACUUGAUCAGCGUCUCAGUCUCCUUAAUGAUGGCCCCCAGGUAGUCAGAUCCGUUAAUGUCAUGAUUGUUAAAUUGAUGGAGAAAUCUGACUACACAAACACAAUGUGUGCCCUGAUCAAGUCAUUACAGGAUUGUGUGGCCACUGAAACCUUCUCUCCAAAGUUCUCAGAACUUGUCAUGAAGUGUAUCUGGAAGAUGAUAAAAAUGAUUCCAGAGAUUAUCAAUGAUCUGGCAGUUGACAGGAUCCUUCUAGAAACUCACCUGUUCCUUAGAAAUUUCCCAACCAGUACAUGGAAAAGCAGACCUAGUGAUUUACCUCUCCGAACCAUUAAAACAGUCAUACAUACACUGGCCAUGCUGAAAGGGGCCAAGAUUCUUGGACAACUAAAUUUAAUAGAUGCCUCUGAAAAUUCAGAAGUCAAAAUGUUUUUACAAAAAAGUUUGAAAAAGGAUCCAAAUGCCAGGAAUGAAAUGAAUGGUACAUCAGAUGACACAGACUCAGUCAAGAGUCACCAGAAACCAAAGAAACUGAACAAGAGUACUCAUGAUAUGUUGGCAGAGAUCUUUAAGAAAAUAGGAUCUAAAGAAAACACAAUAGAGGGAUUAAAUAACCUGUAUGACUUUAAGAAGAAGCACCCUGAGGCAGACUUGGACCCAUUCCUGAAGAUGUCCUCUCAGUACUUUCAGAAUUAUAUUGAGAGGGGUCUUAAAAAUAUAGAACGGGAACGUGAGGGAAAAGUGCUGUCUCAGACUGAAUCUAUGGGAUAUGGCCCAACUGUACCCUCAGCAAUAUCAGCACCUUCAGCAUCAUCUGAUGAUGGUUUGGAUGUCAAUUUCUACCUCAAUAAGUUGAGGACAAUUCGUGCCAAAUGUGGACUCGAGAAUACAGAUCCCUCUAAACAAGAGAAUGUUAUAUCUAAGAAGGAAGACAAACCAGAAAAAUCUGAAAAAAUAGCACCAGAGGAAAAGAAUGAAACAGUUGAGAUAUGUGUUAAGCCAGUACUGUCAUCCUCAGAGAAUCGUGAGAAUAAUCCCCAAGCAUCCAGUGUCACCCAAGCUCCCUCGGCAGACGUGUCAGAACUCAAACAGAGGCUAGAACGCAUUAAAAAGCUAGCCAAAAGUUGAAAAAUUAAUCAAAACUGAAUGUGUUCAUUUGAAGUUAUGAUCAAGCUGUGCUUUUGCUGAUUUCUGAAUACAUUGAGCUGUGGUAAAACUGAGUGGAGGAGCUGGGAUAGAGAGCAUCCAGUUUACUCGUUUUGACACAACACACCUUGUCAACAGCUUUCAUCCAUAAGUGCUUUAUUUAUGCCAACAUUAAAGUAUUAUGACAUUCUUAUUUAUGUUGUACUUGAGGAAGAAUUGUGCAAAUGAUUUUUUUGCAAAUUAUAUAUAUUAUGUUAAUGUGAUUGUAGGAAAUCAAAUUAUAUUAACAGCCAAGUUGAAUGUAAGCUUAAUUUGUGUCACCAAAGGAGCAAUUCAUAACAUUGACCUUUACCUACUUUUUCUUUUCAAACACAUCAAUACUGCCAUUAUUUGAUUUUAUUUGUGAUAGAUGAUAAUGCUUUUGAUACAUAUACACAUAUGAAUGGUUUUGAACUAAAUUUAAAUGGAAACCAAGCUUCACAGUGAUCACUUUGUGGCUUAAAUCUUCAGUAUGUAAUUGCUACCCAAAACUCUAAGUAUCUUAUUAUAGCAAGAGAUACUAGAAGAGAUUGUUUUGUAAAUGAACAAACAAUUGGUUGUAUAUAUAGUAAUCUAUUCUAGUUCUUCCUUAAUUUUAUGCAUUUUCUUGUUUUAAAGAUUAUGCAGUUUGAUUUAUUUUAAUAGACAUUUUGCAUUGUCAUAUCAUAAAAGUGAAUGAAUGCUGUUAAUUUCAAGUUAAACAUUGAAAUUCAGUCAGAGGUAAAUCAAGUGGGUUAUGAAGAUGUUUAUUACAGUGGCUAAACUCCACAAGAUGUUUAUUACAGUGGCUAAACUCCAGUAGAUAUAACAGUAUAUUUUUUUCAAGUUUUUGUGAAUAGCCUAUGUAUGCAAUACGUAUACUUCUUACAAUUUCUUAUCUUUCCUUAACUUUUACUUUAUCCUCUGCCCUAACAAGCUAACAUGUCGGAGAACCAAAUUACUGCCCUAAAUGUCAGGGAACCAGACUGCUGUGGUGAUAUGUGAUGUUGUGCCUGAUUGUUUAUGCCUUGUUAUCUGUCAGAUAACAAUUUUAUUUAGAGUUCAGUGUAAACAUUUGGGUACCUGUGUUAUAAUUAAUUUGAAAAAAUAAAUUGUAAAGUGUGA